AUGCCUGCUCCUAAGCUACUACUGGCCCUCAGUGUUUCGGGAUGCCGCAGCUCUGGUCCAGAAAUGCCGAGUCUGCCAGUGGAUGGAGGCCGAACCCCUGACCACAUCUCCGGAAGGGCGAUUCAGAAGUUCUUCUGGAAGAACAUAGUCUGCCGUUUCGGGAUCCCGCAUGUCUUGAUAUCCGACAACGGGCGACAGUUUGCUGAAAAUCCCUUCAGGAGCUGGUGCGCCGAGCUCGGGAUUAGCCAACACUUCACCUCGGUCGGACAUCCCCAGGCCAACGGUCAGGUAGAGAAUGCUAAUCGAACCAUUCUGCAAGGGCUUAAGACUAGGUUGGAACUAGCCCAGUCUAACUGGCUGGAUGAACUCCCUAGCGUCCUCUGGGCUUACCGCACUACGCCAAGGACAGCCACUCAUGAGACCCCGUUCUCCUUGACUUACGGGGCGGAGACGGUGGUGCCCGCAGAGAUCGGUCUCCCUUCGCCUUGGACACAGAAUUUUGUCGCGUCAGCUAACGAAGAGGAGCUGAGGUGCAACUUGGACCUGCUAGAGGCCAAGCGUGAGGAAGCGGCAAUACGGAUGGCUAAGUACAAGAGCCAGCUCGCUCGCUAUUAUAGACGCAAGGGUGAGGAAUAA